CCCAUUGGAAACGCAGUUUACCGUCCUCGCACCUACUACAGGACCAGCCUGAAGUCCCCGCACUUCGAGCCACCACCCUACGGCGUUCUGUUUCUCCAAACCCCUCUGUCGUGCCGUGUCAACACCGCGAUGAAACGGGCAUGUCUUUGGCGGAGAUUUGCAGCUUUCCUGGUGUUGGUGGUGUGCACCGUCCCGGACACAGCCAAUGCAGACAGACAAUAUGUUAAUGAAUGGGCAGUGGAAGUGGUCGGAGGACCCGAGGUGGCGAGAGCUCUCGCUGAAGAAUUAGAAUAUGAUUUUGUGGGCCAGAUCGGAGAACUUAAAAAUCAUUAUCUACUUCGACACAAAGUUCAUCCAAGAAGAUCUCGAAGGAGCGCUGACCACAUUACAAAACGAUUAUCUCAAGAUGAACGGGUGUCUUGGGCAGAACAACAAUACCAGAAGCAACGAAGUAAGCGUUCUCCACUAAGGGACUGUGCAGACUGCACGGCAGAGAAACUGUUUAGUGAUCCCAUGUGGAAUCAACAAUGGUACCUCCAAGAUACAAGGACUUCAUCGUCCCUCCCAAAAUUGGACCUUCAUGUAAUCCCAGUGUGGAAAAAAGGUAUAACUGGGAAAGGAGUUGUGCUUACCGUGCUGGAUGAUGGAUUGGAAUGGAACCAUACAGAUAUCAAAGCAAAUUAUGAUCCAGAAGCAAGCUAUGACUUUAACGACAAUGACCCAGAUCCCUUUCCUAGAUAUGACCCAACUAAUGAGAAUAAGCAUGGCACCAGAUGUGCUGGGGAAAUCGCAAUGCAGGCCAACAACAAGAAAUGCGGAGUAGGAGUGGCGUUCAAUUCCAAAGUUGGAGGUAUCAGGAUGCUGGAUGGCAUAGUAACAGACGCAAUUGAAGCUACUUCCAUUGGAUUCAACCCACAGCACGUGGACAUUUAUAGUGCAAGCUGGGGGCCAAAUGAUGACGGGAAGACUGUGGAAGGUCCUGGACGGCUUGCACAAAAAGCAUUUGAAUAUGGCAUUCAGAAGGGUAGAGGAGGAAAAGGGUCUGUUUUUGUCUGGGCUUCCGGGAAUGGAGGUCGUCAAGGUGAUAACUGUGACUGCGAUGGAUAUACAGACAGUAUCUACACAGUGUCCAUAAGCAGUGCUUCACAACAAGGGCUGUCUCCAUGGUAUGCAGAAAAGUGUUCCUCGACGCUGGCUACAGCCUACAGCAGUGGAGACUACACCGAUCAAAGAAUUACAAGUGCCGAUCUUCACAAUGACUGCACUGAGACUCACACUGGCACCUCAGCUUCCGCUCCAUUGGCCGCUGGGAUCAUCGCCCUUGCUCUGGAACAGAAUCCAAAUCUCACUUGGAGGGAAUUGCAGCAUUUAAUUGUCUGGACGUCCGAAUAUGAUCCGUUGGCCAACAACUUGGGCUGGAAGAAGAACGGAGCUGGUUUAAUGGUGAACAGCAGGUUUGGGUUUGGCUUGCUCAAUGCCAAGGCCUUGGUCGACAUGGCAGACCCUAAAACGUGGAAGGGCAUUCCAGAGAAGAAGCAGUGCAUUGUCAAAGAUAAUACUUUUGAAUCCAGGCCUUUGAGAGCUGGUGGAGAAAUUACAGUGGAAAUCCCUACAAAAGCUUGCGAAGGUCAGGAUGAUCACAUUAAAGCUUUGGAGCACGUACAGCUGGAGGGGACCAUUGAGUACACCCGGAGAGGAGACCUUCACAUCACACUUACAUCUCCAGCAGGAACCAACACUGUUCUGUUGGCUGAACGUGAGAGGGACUCCUCGCCUAAUGGUUUUAAAAGCUGGGCCUUUAUGUCAGUGCACACUUGGGGAGAGGAUCCAAGAGGCACGUGGCUUCUCACCAUCACUGACAUGUCAGGUAGAUUAGAAAACAAAGGGGAAAUCGUCAAUUGGAAGCUAAUUUUACAUGGCACCUCUACCAGACCUGAACAUAUGAAGAGAUCCAGGGUGUAUACUCCAUACAACGCUGUGCAGAAUGAUCGGAGAGGUGUGGAGACAGAAGAGCGAAUUGUGGAUGACAUGACCAACCGUGGCGAGCCAGAAAAUCUUGACACAACAGAAAACACCAGCAGAGAAAAUGGGAAUAUAGAAACGACUGAAGAAGAAGUGACCCUGCAUCCUGGCCAAAAAACAUUCAUCCAGCAAGCUCAAAAUAAUAACGCUCUGCACUUUUUUCAUGACAGUAUAUACCACAAGGAUGCAGACAUCCCUGUUCAGAGCUUGCAUCAAGCCCUGGGAAAAUUAAGCCAACAGUCCCAGUGGAAAGACAUUGAGGACAGUGAAAACAGAGAUUUUAGUGACCAGCUUUAUGACAGCAAACCAUAUAAGCACAGAGAUGAUAACUUGCUCCAAGCUUUAUUAGAGAUGAUGGCAGAGAGUCAAUAAUUGUUAGCAUGUGGUUAGAUUUUGUGUUCAGUAUUUAAUUGUUUAGUCCUGGUAUUUUUGUGACACUGUGUAAAGCAAAUGAAUUUGACAAGAAAUAAUCUUGACAAAGAAUUUAAAUUAUAUUUUCAUUAUUUUUUAUUCACAAGUUCCAUCGUACAGUAGCAUCUGUUUCGUGACUCAAGUAAAUAGGCUACAGACCUAAACACAAACACCAAGAUCAUUAAGUGAUUCGAACUAUGAUCCAAACAACAUUUAGUUUAGUGGAUUCAGGAAAUCAUUAAUGACUAAUGAUUAAUAUUGGUAUAAGCAAAUUAUUAAUAUUUAACUACAUAAAAUUUAUAGUUUAGUUCUUUGGCAAAUUAUGAGAAUGACAUUUAGUGCUGGUUUCAAAGAACGACAAGUUAUUAAUGGUUUCAUCAUCUGGAAACCUUGACAAUCAAUAACAUUUUUACGCAAAACAUUUUAUUUAAAAGUACAAACAAGAGAAAAUCAGCAGAUGCUGGAAAUCCAAAGCAACAGAAAAUGCUGGAGGAACUCAGCAGGCCCGGCAGCAUCUAUGGAAAAGAGGACAGUCGAUGUUUUGGGCCGAGACCCUUCAGCAGGACUUAAAAAUAUAUAACCUUAGCCCUAUCUUUUGUACAGUAGAUGUUGUUUCUUGACGGAAAAGUAAACUAUGUGCCAGAGCACAAACCUUAAGAUUUCUAUGCAACAAGGUUAGCUCUACAAUCAAAUGGCCAAAGCUCAUGGUCCCAGAGUAGUUUGUCAAUUUUAUCUACUGGUAUGUAGAGAUGAAUUUAAAUUCCAUUUAAUGAUUUAACCAAAUAAAGAAUACCUCAUGAUCUUGAAAUCACCUUCUAUGUGCUGAGCCCUGAGUGACAUUAGUCACAUUCACAGGACCAACUUUUAACCUGGAGUUGGGUUCUGUAUAUGAUAUGGAGGCCACAUUGAGUGCAAGUGCAAGAUUUUCUCACAAUAGUGCUGGAAAAAAAAUGUUGACUACAUUGUCCUUGACUGGUUUGAUACA